GUAUCAGUUUCACAUCGUUUCGCAUGAAAGAACUACCAAAUUCUACCAAGAUGAAAUUCGUAAUUUUGAGCCUCGCUCUUAUCGCCGCUGCUUCAGCCAACCCAAUUGGACCACUUGUGGCUGCUCCAGGUGGUGUACUCGCUACUCCUGCAAUUGGCGCUACACUUGCUCCAGCUCUCUCUGCCCGUAUUGCUACUCCACUUGGUGCUACGAUCGGUGCUCCCCUCCUGUCUGCUCCAGUAGUUAGAACUUCUAUCGUUACCCCAAUUGCCGCUGCUUCAAUUGCUCCUGCUCUGGCUCCACUUUCGGCUGGCAUCGCUCCUAUCGGUCUUCGUUCUGGCCUUCUCGGUCAAAACAUCAUUGCAGCUCCAGGUUUGGCUCCAUUGCCCCUUGGACUCAAUGGCUUGGGAGCUCCUCUUCUUUUGAAAAAACGGGCUUAGAAUGUUUGUGUAAUUUUAGAAAAUAAGCAU